ACAGGAAGAGUGAGUUUGACAAUCUCGUCAGGCGGCUUCAAAGACGAAUGAGACACGCCUGCCACAGACCGCAAAGAAAACACCUCCAAGUCGUCUGAACAGACUUGAGCAGAGAUGGCAUCGGCGCCCCCUCUGGUGUCGGAGGAGCAGCUGUUGUGCCCCAUCUGUCUGGGGGUGUUUGUGCGGCCGGUGUCGACUCCCUGCGGACAUAACUUCUGCAUGGACUGCCUGUCGUCGUACUGGAACCACAGCUCUGAGUGUGUGUGCCCGGUGUGUAAGGAGAGCUACAGCCAGCGCCCACAGCUCAGGGUCAACACCUUCAUCUCAGGUUUGUGCCAGAGCUUCAUGAACCAGCCCUUCAGUGCAGGAGAGAUACAGUCCAGAGGAAUCGAAGCCAAAGUGUCCUCCAUGAUCCAAGAGAAGGCCAGAGACGCUGAGUCCAUCAAACAAGCUCUGGCCCAGAGACAAGAACAGACCAACAACUUGACCAAAACCAUGAAAGAUUUAACUUCACUGGUCAAAAAGAUGGAGGAAAAGCAGCAGCACGUGGGCCUGGAGGCUGAGAGAGUCCUUCAAGAAAUCGAAAACGAGAUUAAGGAUCUUACAGAGGCUCAAAACGAACUCAAAGAUGUGAAUUUGAACCAAGACACUCAGUUUUUACAAAAGUUCUCACUAAAUUCUGCUAAAAAACCCUUCGCUAUCAACUUAAAGUCUGAGUCAGAAAUGCAGCAGUUAAGAGCAUCCUUAAGCACUGCUCUGUCUAGACUUCAAGUUCAUUUAGACAACAUGGGAGCAGGUUUUAUAUCUGACAUCUCUGCUUUAAAACAUGCCCAGAAAUUCGCGAUAGACGUGACUCUAGAUCCACAAACGGCUCAUCAUCGUCUGACCCUCUCCCGUGAUUUGAAACAAGUCAAAUUCAAUCCAAAUGCUAAUGCUAAAGCUAACAUGUCUAGCAAUCCAGCUAAGUUUGCGAAACACUUGGCUGUGCUCGGAAGGCAGGGAAUCCAGUCCGGCAAGUUUUAUUUUGAAGUUUCGGUUGGGGCCAAAUCAGAGUGGCUUGUGGGAGUGGCUCUAGCGUCGGUGGAGAGGAAAGAAAAAAUCCCACACGUUCCCGGGAGCGGAGUUUAUGCCUUAUAUUUCCGAAUGGGCUGCUUUGAGAGGUUUUGCCAGCCCAAUGUUCAAAUUCAUCAAGGAAAAGUGGAAAAAGUUGGUGUUUUCAUGAAUUAUGAGGAAAGGCAAGUCUCGUUUUAUGAUGUAAACGGAGCCAAACUGAUCCACACGUUUGAGGACUGUGGGUUUGGUGCAAAGAUACAUCCUUAUUUUAACCCAUGUGACAAUGAGCUUGGGAAUAACCUCACGCCAUUGAUCAUCUCUCCUGUCAGUCAAAAGUGAAAGUUUUAUGAAAAUGUUUAUUUGUUUUUACUGCUGCUCAGAACAUAAAAUUAUAAAUCGAACUUUCUGUAAUAUUCAGAUUAUGAUAUUUCUCCACUGUGGGACUUUUGUUUAAAUGAAGAAAAAUAAUUAAAGCCGUUUUAUGAGUUAAUGAUUCACUCUCCAAAAAUGGCAGCACCUUGCACGCUGAGAAGAAUCAGGGAGAUUUAAGACAGAAUUUAUAUCAAAUCAGCUGUUGUUGUUUUUUCCAAAGAUGGGCAUUAUGGGAAAUCGACUUUUUGGAGCUUUCUACCAUAUUACAACAAAACAAAAGCAUCAAACAUCAGAUGUCGUCCACGCAUGUUUGAAUAAUCUUGCCAUCUCUCCCAGACUCCAUUGAAACCCUCCUUACGCUUAGCAGUACAAGUCUGUACGAGGCUCCGCCCACUAGCCUACGUCUCCCACACGACAAUUCUCCAUAAAUAUACAAAAACAUGAUACAAAACUGUACACGGCAACUCGACAAACCUGAUGUGACGUGCAGUCGUUUCAUUAGUGGGAUGCAGCUGAUUGUGUUGUGAUGGUGCUCUGAAGGGGGAGUGACUUAGCACAUAGGAAAAAGGGAGGGGAGACUCAGAGCGUCAAAAACAAAAGCGAAACUUAAAAAAACAUGUUAAUAAGUUGUUUUUGGACGAAUAUAGCGUUUUGAAAACAAUAAAAGGGAACAUGGUGAACUAAUUAUGUUAUGUGUUACAGUUAAUACCCCACAGAAAUCAAAUACCCCCUCUUAAAUACCCCACUUAAGUAAAUACCCCCUCUUUAAUACCCCACAGAAAUAAAUACUCCAUCUUUGACAAACUCAGAAACUUAGCACAGAUAAUAAUGAAUAAUUAAUGAAGUGAAUGACGUGACCUUUGUAUUGGUUGAGUUUCUGAGCUGUUCUGUCGGCUUUAAAUCGAAGCGCUGUCUCUUUAAGAGGCUGAGUCAUGAUAAAAAGUUAUAUCUGUGUUUGCGCAGAAACUCACUUCUCAGGUCGACUUCAACAAACUAAAGUAUUAAACUCGAGAGGUGCGAGGAUGUGGGGGAUACUGGAGCUGUACAUAUGAAGAGCACUGUUGGUCAGAGGAGAGUGAGUCUCCUCAAACAGGAGGCUCUUUAAAACGCACAUACAAAUACUCAUGGACCAUAUCAGUACAGAAACCACAGUGUCUCUAUCGCUGUCUCCCCACAUUUCGUCUCUCGAUCUCUCACUUCUCCACAACCCACAGACUCACUGCCACACACUGCUCCAACUAUUACCACCACAUCACCACUCUAUCGCCAUGGGAACGCUCUGCAGCCUCCCAGCUCCCAUAAUCCCUUUCACCAGCACAAUGAGUAUUUGACACGCUUCACUGUUGGGGGGGGGCGGACCGGGGGGGAGGGGCAGCUGGCGGCGUUUUGCAUGAACCUCAGAUACUGUAAGGACAAAAUGUAAACGGAUCAAAGAAAGUACAGCUACAGGAGACAGGAAAUAAUAUUUUUAUUUUAAUUUUUUUGAGGAAACGCGAAAAAAAUGUAGAUUGGAUUAAACGUCACUGUCACUAAUUAUUUACAGGUCCCUGAAUAUGACAUUUUUAUGAAUAUACAGUCAAAGUGAAGCCGCUGGAUGAUCUCCUGAUCCUGAGCUUUACUUAUUUACUUACUUUACUUACACUUUUUAUGAAUGAGUCACUGAGCUGUUUCCUCUUUUAAAGUAACUAACAGUAAUCAGUACUCAGAUUACUUUUGAAAUGAAAUAAUCAGAUUAGUUUUGCAGUGAUCUGACUGACACUGAUCAUAAAAUAUACAGUACAUGUAAUGAUUUGUGUUUGUCAUUAGUGUAGAAAUCUGUUUGUAUUUGACUUCUCACUGCCCCCUUGUGGCCGGAGUGUAUCAAAGAUGAAUUUAAAAUUAUAUGUGUGUGUUUGUGUUUUAUUUUGGUCUGUGUCUUUAAAGCUUUUUACAAACAACAACAGACGACAAAAGAUUAUAUCGCACACACAAUCACUCUGAGCCAAAGUUCAGUUUUAAAAUUAGAAACUGAAGUCAUUCUCAGGUCUGAUUUCAGUAUUUCAAAAUGUAUAAAUGUAUAAAUGGAAGUAUUUUUAAGUAUAAAUAUAUAAACUGAAGUAUUUGAGUCAAACCCACAGUAAUAAUUUAAACCUGGAUAUUAUUUAUUUGAGCUUUUAUUCUUAAAUAAAAUCAUUUUCAAUUU